CCGCCUCCCCGCCCCGCCGCCGCCGCCAUGGCGGAGCGGAGCCGCGGCGCUCGGCGGCGGCUGCUGCUGCUGCUGCUGCUCCUGGCCGGCUCCGCCGCCAGCCCGGCGGAGGAGGGCGGCGGGCGGCGGGAGGCGGGCGGCGGGGAGCACGGCGAGGAGGCGGCGCGGCACCACGACUCCUCGUACGGCACCUUCGCCAGCGAGUUCUACGACCUGCGCUACCUCUCCGAGGAGGGUUACCCUUUCCCCACUGCUCCUCCUGUGGACCCAUUUGCAAAAAUCAGAGUGGAUGACUGUGGGAAAACCAAGGGAUGCUUCAGGUAUGGUAAACCUGGAUGCAAUGCAGAGACUUGUGACUACUUUCUAAGUUACCGUAGAAUAGGAGCUGAUGUUGAAUUUGAGUUGAGUGCCGACACAGAUGGCUGGGUGGCAGUUGGAUUUUCCUCAGACAAGAAAAUGGGAGGAGAUGAUGUCAUGGCUUGUGUUCAUGAUGAUAACGGAAGAGUCCGAAUACAGCACUUCUAUAAUGUUGGUCAGUGGGCUAAGGAAAUCCAGAGAAACCCCGCUAGAGAUGAGGAAGGGGUUUUUGAAAACAAUCGUGUAACAUGUCGAUUCAAGCGUCCUGUGUAUGUUCCCCGAGAAGAAACUAUCGUAGAUUUGCACUUGAGUUGGUACUACCUGUUUGCUUGGGGUCCAGCAAUCCAGGGUUCUAUAACUCGUCAUGAUAUAGACUCUCCACCCGUGUCAGAGCGUGUUGUCAGUAUUUACAAGUAUGAAGAUAUUUUCAUGCCUUCAGCUGCCUAUCAGACCUUCUCUUCUCCAUUCUGCUUGCUCCUCAUUGUUGCACUGACCUUCUAUUUAUUGAUGGGAACCCCAUGACCAAUGGAAAACAUCAAGAAUUUGCCAGUGGAAGUUUCUCAGGAUGGACGGCUAUAUGGAUGGACAAUGCAUUUUUCUAUUGGAAUUUAUAUCACAUCACCAUCCUCAUCUAGCUGCUUUUGAACAUAGUUAGCUUCUCAGAAGAGUGAAAUAACCAUCUCCCUUGAGUGGCAGAGUGGUGACAAAUCAUUUAAGAAUAAUCAGUGAACACAUAGGAGAAUAUUUUCAGUGUUGUGAUUACUUGCUUGAGGAACAUGAGAUUUUUGUAAAAUCAAUGUGUGUGUGUGUUUGGGAGGGGUGCCUGUAUGUGUGUUUAGGUGAAUUUAGUGAUGGACAUCUUAUCAAAUAACAAAAUUGCCUUCCAAAUUGCUACAAAAAAGCAAAUCUGCUAAAACACUGCAAUGCUGCUUGGUACUUCUACAGCAGACAGCACAACUCGAAAUGCAGUUUCUGAUCUUAAGAUCUGGAAACCAACACAGCAGUAUAAAAGCUGCUCUUCAGUAGUGGACAAUUCUCCCAAUUUUUUUUUUUUCUUUAUGUUUAUCAAGGUGUACUUGCUGUGGUACUUUCCAAAACCAAACUUGCAUACUCAAGCAUUAUGAUUUUUUUCUUUCAACAGAAAGAGUUGAUGAAUGUCUGUAUUGUGUUUCAAUAACCUUUUUGAAAGAAAUGGCUACUUCUUUUAAGAAUGAGAUAUAAAGUGAUUUAAACCAGGGCAAGGGAGAAUACAGCAAUAUAAAUUCUUCAUACAUAGGAAAACCAGGUGUAAAGCACGCAGAAUAUAAAAGUUUCCAACAAGCCAUAGGAUGUCCUCCUAAGAGAUGAAAUCAAUUUUUCUCUUUUUAUGAAAAAACAGCAAUUUUGCUGACAUGUAAAUAUAUUUUUCAGUAAUUGUGCAGUAGUAUGAAGUAAUCCCUUUUUCUGUGUUGUAUGCCACUAAAUCCUGUUCAUACUAAGGGUGACUGUGGGCAGCUGGUGUUAUCUUACAAAGAAAUAUAAGUGAAAUUACUUGUAAGGAAAGACAGGGAUUAAUAAGAACAGCAGUAUCGUUCAUUCAUCAAACCAGUGCUAAAAUACAGGCAUUGUGCAAAAAAGAUGAGCUAAAAAGGAAACUCAUUAGCUGUUUUUAACCAAUAAAUAGUAGAAGAGGAAUGCUAAAUAUUACAGAGUUGAAAAGUUCAAAAUGCAUUUAUGAGCCACAGAAUAUUAUAAAAUCUUUGAGUGGAGAAUUUCUGUUCUUCACGUAAUAGGAAGCGUAUGACACGUUUACAUGUAGCAGUCAAAUGUGCUUAGGUAAGGUUACUCAUUCACUUUCCAACUUACACUAAAAUUCUACUUAGGUAGAAUUAAAAUCUAAAUAGUGCCAAAGUUUUAUCUAAUGUGUAAACUUGAGAACUCUCUAACAUAGAAUCUGGUAAAGUAUAUGUAAUGAGACUCCUUUCUAUUCUUAUUGCUGCAUGGAGUAUAAAAUGAUUAACGAGCUUGGCUGGGUUUGCAUCAUUAUUCACAGACUGAUGUUUGUAAACUAAGUUUUUUAGGCUCAGAAUUCUUCAAAUCUAUGCUUAAGGUAUAUGAAUUAGAUUGAAGAUGAACUUAUCUUCAUAACAAACACUUUAUCCCUAUUUCAAAAGAUUGAUAAAUAUUUUAUAUUUUCAUGGAUGUCUUUAAGGAUUUUUUCAUUUAAAAUUACUGGACUAGAGUUCAGGAGAAGGAAGAGAAAUUCAGAGGUGAACUUCUAAAGUGUAUACAGUAGCUUUAUUUAGUAUAAAUUACUUCUCUCAGGUUGGUUAACUUACUCAUCAUCUGGUCAAGUAGAGACCACCUAAUAAGGCCUGCUUUGGACCACAACAGCUGUGUAAUUUAGCCUUAAGAUUGGCUGGAGCAGAUAAGCAGAAGCCUGGAUAAUAAGCUUUACAUUUAGCAAACAGGUGAAGUGAAGAAAUCAUUAGGGUAAAUUCUUUCUCCUUUGUGCUAAUUUUAGGCAGCUAAGAUAUUGCAGUUCUUAGAGCCUAAGGGUUGCUUUAGUUUAUGGCUUGUUUUUUACUGUUUCAGCCAUUUACUUGAUUACCCACUAAAGGGCUAAUUUAAUAAUUUAAAGGUACUGAACUUGGAUAGAAAUCCUGUUUGGCUCCUCUUUUCUUCUUUAAUAGAACUCUCAAUUUAAGAUAGCCUGGUUGGACCUGAGCAUGCAGGUAUGUUAUAGAUGACAAUAAUAAUACCAAGGCAAAAUUGUGUGAUAGCUGUCAAUCUGCUUUCUACAUGUAUGGAGUCAGAUGUGGUUAAAAUUCAGGAUUUGAAGCAAGAGCAAAGUAUUUUACUUUAUUUUUUUUCCUUUUGAAGAAUACUUGUUAGUGUGCUGUGGUUUUGUCAUCAUAUUUUUUCUCUUGUUGAAGUACUAGCACAAAUGUGCACUUCUGAAAAAUAUUUCACCUAAGCUCACAGUACUUAAUUAGCCUAAUAAAGUGUUUCUAAUCAAAAGGGAGGAAAUAAAAGGCCACAGGAAGCAGCAAAACAAUCUAUUAUCUGGAAUUUAAAUGGAUGGUUGACUUUAGCAUUGAGUUUAUCUAAGAGUUCCUCUUCACAGUGGGAAAACCAGGACUACAGAAUUCAAGCUGACAAAUAAAGAAGGUAUGAGUAUCUAGAAAUUGGUAGCUAGGAUGAAAUCUGAGGAGUAAAAAGUUAUAAGGGAAACAUGGUGUGUAAGUUUGUAUGGUACUUGGUAAGUCUUAACAUUUAAGUGGACAUAGUAACUUGUCACGGAAAGUAUUUUGGCUUUCACAUUUUGCCUUUGUUUUUCUUUUUAAUAUUGAAAAGCAAGAUUUCUUAUUGUUUCUUCUGUUACUUCAUAGUAACUUUGUUGCACAAAGUUACUAGGAAGUAAGUCUUCAAAGUAAUUUUUAAUUGAUUUUGGCAUUUCAAAGAUUUUUUAUUCUAUUAUUUUUUCUAAUAAGUUUUUCUACCAACACAAACUAGAAGAAAAGCCCUGCUUUGGAAAAGGAGGCAGAUAUUUUCUUCUCCAAAUGACUUUUUGGGUUUUUUUAGUGCAAUUACUACCAAACAACUGUUAAAGAAUGAAUUUCCUAAGUGCUCUAAUUUUAAGAUUUUUUUGCUGCAGAGUGACUUAAUACAAAGGCACUGAGUUUAGAGAAGGCAUAUUUAGAACAUUGUGGUGUUUGGAAAUUUGACUGUGGUUACAAAUUUGAAAGAUUUUUUUGUAUAUAUUUUUUUUUUUAAUUAUCAAAUACCUGGGUUUUUUUUAGGUAUAGGUGAAAUCUAAUUGAUUCACACACCCCCCCCCAAAAAAAAAAAAAAAACCAAAACCCAAAAAAACAUGUAUCUGAUUUGGUAAUGUCAUUGGAUAAUGGGCAAUACUGUCUUCUAGUAUUACAGUGGAAAUAUUCUGGUUUUGAAAGAGAACAUAUUGAUGAGCAAAGUUUGGACUCCCUCUGUGGCCUUGUUUGUCUUGAUGGGUUUUGCAGUACUUGGGUAGUAAGAAAAGAAACACUUUUGGCCUCCCCUAUCUGAAGAAACCCCCAGUUUGGGUUAAAUUAUGUUAAAGCUGCGUUUGACACUGACUCUCCCAAUCUUCAGCACAGGGAUUAGAGAAUGACUGGAGUGUGUCAUCAGCAUGACACCCAGGCAGUGAUCUUGAAGCUCACUUGGGGCACCAUAUCCUGGGUCUGAACCAAUAAAAGAGUCCCAUAACUGCCUCUGUGUAAUAAAAACUAUGCAGUUAUUUCUAAGUUACUGCAGUAAUUAAUAUAACUUCUAUAAGAUUAAGGGAAGGCACAGGCCUUCCUUUUUUUUAUUUUUUUUUUUUAUUUUUUUUUUGUCUUCUCCUUGCCUUACUUUCUCAUCCCUCCAAUGCAUCAGACAUUUACUGUCUAGCCUUUCAGAUCUUUUCUGGGUCCAUUGGAAGUUUGCAUGCUCCAGUACUCCAGAGCCAGAAUUAAAGUUUAUAUGCAAAUUAUGUAACUUUUAUAGCAUUUCAAUGGUAUUUUGUGACUCUGUAGUUUCAUUGGUUUGGCACACUGUUGUGUAGCAGCGAACUUCCCCUCACCCUCGUCUUGUUUUAACAUCUCCAAGUAAUUUCCCCAAAGUAAAGUAUUUGGUAAUAGACAUAACAAUAAGGAAAUAUGUAUUUCAGAAAAAUUACAAAAGGUCUAAUACUGGUUAUAUUCAGUAGUAACUAUUGUGUUAGUGUUUUAUACAAAAUAUGACUUUGCAUACAGCCUUCGAUUUAUGAUAGAAUCAGAAAUACUUUUAAAUAUUACAGUGUUUCAGUGCUUCAUGGAGCUGUGGAUAUACAUAGUUUACAUGAAUUGGUAUGAUCCUUUUUAACCCCAUGCAAUGAAACUGGCAAAGCAGUUUGCUUGAAUGCUGCACAGUGAGACAUUGGUGACUCCAAAGAGUUUGGAACAGAAGAAUGGAGAGACUGCUAGUAAAUGGACAAAUGACAAGGAAGGGCUAAUGCUUUUGGCAUUCUUUCUAUAUUUGUAUAAAUUUACAUAUGGCAGUGCCAGUCUGGCACUCUUUAUCCAAGCAAAUAUUUCUUGAUGUAGGGUUAGGAAGGAAUAGAGUAUGAUUUGAGAGAUUUUGCCUUUUAGGCAGGUCCCUAAGGGCUGAUGUGAGCAUCACAUGAUCAUGCCACAAGAUGUCCUCUGCUGUCAAGCUCCAAGGUAAGAGCUGAAGGCUUGAUCUGGCCUUCAGAGAUACAAAAACUCAACAAGACCCCAGAGGCAAUAGCAGCAGUUGGCUGCAGCAGGGAGUAUCUGCUUAGUUUGUAGAAUGGCUGGUGAACAGGUACCCUCUGCUGGCUGCAGUCCGAGUAUAAAAGAUGGGGGAUCUAAAUCUGAACAGCUUUGUACAUUAGCUCCUCUGAUUUAAAAUUUCAUUAUCAGUAUUUCUGUAGCAGUCUGUUUGGACAGCUCUCCCUCUACCUGCCAGAUAUGGAUCUAACUGGAAGAUUUUAAAGAAAAUGUCAAGUCCCUGUGUACAAAAAUUAAUAAAUAAGAAAAUAAGUUUUUUAACCAUAUACCAUCUUUUUAUAUUCUUUUUCUUAUCUAGUUAUUGAUAUGCAAUUUGUAUAUUGAGGUGUCUGAUUUUUGCAAAUACAGAAUAAGAUCUAGGUAAGCCUUCCUUUUCUAAACAUUUUUAUUAAUAUGAAAUAAUCACUUUGCUAACUUUGUUUUCUAUUUUCACAGUAGGUUUGAUAAAAUUACAUGUGCUUAAACAUGGUUAUUUAACUUACCUAAUUUGGGCUCAGAUAGUGAGGCAAAAGCAGUGCAAUUUUGAAAUGUCAGAGAGGAUGUGUGCAGCUUGUGGAGUUGAUAGGUGUGAAAAUGCAGACUUAAAAGAUAUUACUUGCUUUGAAAAUCUGUUAUGACUUGGCAAUAGCAACGAAUCUGCUGUAAAGAAAGGGACAGAUUUUUUUUUCCCUUGGAUUACUAAGUAUUUUGAGUAGAACUCAUAGACUAUUUCAGGUUGGAUGGGACGCGUAAGGAUCUUGGAGUCCAACAAACACUGUGUUCCUUACAGGACUGCCUAAAAUUAACCCAUAUGACUCAAGAGCAUCAUCCAGAUGCUCCUCAAACUUCUCUGCAGAGCCUGUUCCAGUGACUGGGCACCCUCUUAGAGAAUAACCUUUUCCUAAGGUCCCCUCAGAAUUUCCCCUGACUUGGUUCCAUAGUCAUUCAGAAUUGUUGCUUUUGGCUGCUUUCUGUGUUUCUUAGCUUAAGUAGGAAUGUUCUUCCAAACCUGUGUGAGGUUGGAAUAAGUGCUGGACUUAACAAACUGUAUCUUAGAACAGCUGCUGCUUCACAUAUGCUCGUUCUGAUCUGCAAUUAGAGGCUAAUCAGGAAUGUCCUUACACGAUGAACUUUUAUGUGGCAUUCUUAAGACAUUUUCUGUAAAGGUGUUGUACUCUUUAUGGACCAGAGCAUUACAGAAUUAGCAGUACUUUCCUGAGCUAUUUCUAUAUGAUUCUUAAAUUGAUAUUUGCAUUUUUGAAGAAUUAAUUGGAUUUUUCAGAAGUGCUGAGCAGCUGCAAAUCUGUUAUGGCUCCAAUGCUUACUCAGGGAAGCGAACAUUUUAUGGUAACUCAUGAUUUAGCUUCAUAUCUCUCUCUUAGUUUUGACGUCAUUCAGUUGGAUUUCCUAUGGUGGUGUUGGUGGAAGAUUAAAUAAAUGAAAAAUUUACUUAGGUUUUGUGCCAAGGAAUAAAAAUAUUCCUGUUGACUUUUCACAACAGUGAUCUGUAAGGUUUAGAUAAUGAAAAGUAUUCUUCACAGAAUCGAUGUUUAGGAAAUAUGAUUUAGGUGAAGGUAUUUGUGUGUGCAUGUAAAGUCUGAGAAUCAUACAAGGAUUAUCCAAGAGUCUAAAAACAAAAGGCUAAAUUCUGCUCUGGAGACAAGACAAAACACAGAAUCUUACAUGUUGCCCGAUUCCUAUCUGAUUUUGGAGAGACAGAAUUAUUGAGGAAAAAAAUAUAUAAACCUGAGAUAUUACAUAUGUGGGAAUUAUAUUUGCAGUUCUUAUACACACACCUUCUUUCUUCAGUACAAAAAUUAGCCUCACAAAAAGUAGCCUAGUAUGUCUUAGACAUAUUACAGUGUUAUUUCCACUUUUUUCCAUACAAGCUGGAAUAAAAAAAAGUUCAGUAAGUCAAAAGAAAGUUGUCAUAAAGAGUAUUAGGGUAAUAGGAAAGGAAGCACAGAAGCCACAGUUAAACCUAGGAGGGAAAAAAAAAAAUCAUUUAACUCCAGAAUAUGAUGUCUGCUUCUGAAAAACCUGACUGUACAUACAGAAAGCAAUGGGUUCUUUGUCAGUUUUCUUACCUUUGGUGAUAUGAAAUGAAUGAUGAGUAUUGAAAUACAAAUAAAUACCACAAUAGAAUUCUUAAAGCUGCAAUUAUCAUACAAAUCUUGACAAAGAGAUUUAAAGAUGAAAUUUCAAACCUAUUAACUCUUUAGAAAAUUAAAAUAGUGGGACCUUGACAUUUGUGUGUGAUGUCCCCAGCCUUUAUUUAGACAGAUAUAUUUUAUUAGCAUAUUGAGUUUGUUUAGGUUAUAACAGAUGUCUGGUAUGUCUUGGUAUUUCUGAUUUAUAUAUCCUGAGGUCUGAUUUGCUUUAACCUCUUUGCAAAUAAGCAGGCUAUCGUAACUGUGUGAACUUGUUUCGUACUACAUGAAGUGUAAUGGUUGAACCUGUCUACCUUUUGACUUUAUUCACCGUUAUCAAGACUAAUAUACAGAUAAAAGAUACAAAUAAGAAACUUGUAACUAUAGUGUUAAGUGGUGUUCUGCAUUCUCUAUGCCAGGCUUCAUUCUCUAUGCCAGUACCCAGCAGCCAUGUGAAGUCAACAAGCAUUUGGUUGGAUACAAGUGCAGAAUGGAGGUUUUGUAGUCCAGAAGAAUUUGCCAAACUUCUUUGUAUUUGUGGUCUAGUCUUUUCAGCAAAAAUUACACUGAGUGAAUAGAUAAUGAAAUUGCAGUAACCUAUGGGACUACUUUACAAUCAGUGCAUGCCCUAAAGUAUUGCUUUGUAACAUCUGUUUUAUACUAAAUGUUGGUGUUCAAGUGAGCCUUGUUAGCUAUUUGACAGUGACAGACAAUGAUAUUUAUAAAACUGUUGCAAUAAAUGCCGUUUUAGUCUAAGAAAAUGUGUGGUAUGGCAUUUAUAAAGGGGGAAAAAGUCUCCAUGAGAUUAAAGAAGUCUCUGCUGCUGCCUAUGUUAAUAAUUCAUUCCCAUGGCAUGGGCUUGAAUUUAUUAGCCUGACUAAUUCUAUUUAAGUCAGUGAGGCUGGUCACAUUAGCAAAUUAACAGUUGUGAAAAGACCACCUUUUUUUUUUUUUUUUUCACUAUGUGAAUCACAAUGAAGCUGUAAGAUGGUGUCUAUUUUAGCAAAGUAUUAACCACAUUGUCAGUUUCUAUAAGGAUGUAGAAUUUAGAAGGCUCCUGUGAUGACCUCUGUGCUGUGUUUUUGUAAUCUAUUUGAUACAAAUACGAUCAAGUUGCAAUAUUACAAAUUUGGGUGUUCUUUAACUGUCUUUACCACCCUGUUCCUUGGCCAGAAUGGCUUCUGAAGCAGCCAGAGCAGGCUUUUGGAGAAAAGAAGAAAAUGAAACUAUAUUAGAAAUUGGCAACAGAGAAGAGGAAGUGCCAUGAUACUCAGCAAGCAAAAGCAGCUGUAGAAGUCUCUCAAACAGGGAUGCUUUGAUUUGUGAGAUCUCUCAGGUCUGAGCAGGUAUUUUAGCGCCUUACUGGUGGACUGAGAAGAACAGUUGGUUCAGAACAACAAGAAAUGUACUGCUUUUACACUUGUGGUCUGUUUGUUGUGUUUGUAGUAUUAUUGCAAGCUUGUAGUUGCAGGCUGCAAGAAAGGAUGGAUCAUGUGUGUGACAGCUACUUGUGCAUUGUCCAAGCCAUCAUCAUCAGUAGAGGCAUUACAUAUACCAAAUAGAUUUAAAUUAUAUUCUGUUUGUCUUGCAGUACAUGACUACUGACAGAUUGGUGAGGAAUUUGUCACAUUUGUCACAAACCUGAUGAAUCCCAAACAUUCUUCAGAUUACUGUACAUCCACCUCUUAUUCUGUGCAUUCAGCUAUCAUGUCAGGUAACCCUGCAAGAUAGUGCUCUGAAUUUUGUCCAUCCACAACGUCCUCUGGGUGCUCUUUUGCAUGUUUUUUUCCAGUGACUGAACAUUUUUCUGUCGGUGCUAUUGACUGCUCUGCCUUAAAACCAUGCAUUUUGCUCCCCUUGUUAACUGAACAAGAUUCACAGUCUUCUGUGUGAAUCAUCCAAGUGUCACUCUGCUGAUAAUCUUGUACACUUUAACAGAGAUGUUGAACAAAGUUGUUUCUGCAAUAAAGUCAAGCUAUAAUCUCUGGGUGCAAUAAGACAUAAUGUUCCCAAGGAUUGGUCUUCAUUUUAUUUUCAUCAAUAUUUUGGAAAUGACAUUUAAUUUGGAGCCUUCUCAUCUUAGCAGUUGAGCUGCAUAAAAUAAUAUUUUUUUCACUAGCCCACAAUGCAAAGAUAUUUGCAGAUGACCUAAAAAUGCAAGGUUUAUAUCUUAAAUCAUUAACUUUUUUUUUUCUUUGCUUCUGGUACUAGUGAAACUAUAAUAGUUUACAUUGAGCAUUUUUCAUUGCUCUGAAGAUGGUAUUACUUUGUCAUUAAACUAAGGUGAAUUUAUGAAGUGAGAUUAACCUCAACUGAAUGUUCACAGAUGUUGACUAACACAGGUUAAAACAAAUAAAGUCUCUCAUGCAGGGAUAGUUAUUUUCUAAACACACAGGCCAGUGCUGACACCUUGUGGCUUUGUUUCUGACUUAUUUCAUAGCUCCAUCUGGUUAUGUUGUAAAUAAUGAUUAACUUGAAGUUGCUGGCAUUGUCUAUCUCCUCUGCUCUGUGGCUGCCUCAGUGCCCAGUAUUUUUGUAUCGUGUGUAAGACAGCUUGGAACUUUGGUCUGAGUUGACAGCAUAUUGAGUGAAAAAAGAGCUAGGGGUGUCUCUGACCUCUUGAACAGGACUUGAAGGGUGUCAGUUCAGAUCACAAAAUCAUGGGUGCUAGUGCAGAAGAAGACAGAAGUUACCAGUUUAUCUUUUACCAAUUAAUACCUGAUUUUAUACUUCCCUCUACAUAGGAAAGCACCAAAGACUGUCAGUACUUAUCACAUGUAUUUUUAGGUACCUACAUAUUUUCUCCACUGAUGUAAAAGCAUUCCUUUGCUGCCCUCUUCACCCCUGAAGAAUACAGGAAAAAUACAAUCAAAGAGACUGUUAUAGAAUUUCUGGCAGUAUAAACACCUGAGAUGUGCUAUUUAUCUUUUGUAAAAACGCCUAAAUCAAAUGUAUCAGUGCAAGUUAUACCUAAAUGGGCAUCUAAUAUAAAAUCUCUUAUUAUUUCAGAUCUUAAACAAAACCAGCUGUUAAGUUGCCAUUUGAAAUCUGCUGUGGAAUUAAGCUAUAGAGGCUGAGGUGUGUCUUGUGAAGAUCACACAUACUCCCUCAGCUGUCAAAGAGAUUUCAGAAUUCAGAGAUUGUUUUCUGAUGUUUAUGGGUCAUGUCCUUGUUCUUAAGUGAUCUUGUUGUGGUGAUACAUGAAAUAGAAAUCUUCAUUUUAUUGCAUUGUUGUUUUUUUUCUCUUUCUAAUAUAUUUAGUUGUUUAUAAUGGAUGGUGAAAAAUAUGUUUAUGGAAAGGUCUUAAACAGUAGGGACCAGAUCCUUGGCUUAUGUAAAUCAAUAUUUAUAGCUUCACUUAAAUCAAGGAGAUGACAUAAAUUUCUGUUUCUGCAGAAUAUGACUGAGUCUGUUAAGAGAAAUUAAGAAACUAGUAAGGAUAUACCUAUAAAGAUUUGAUUUGCUGUCAUCUCUGUUUAGCUAACAGGAUUAGAGCUCUCCACUCUCCCCUUGUGUAAAUCUUAAUUGACACUUGCUAAUUGAACUUUAAUGCAAUAAAGCUACUGUAAUUAGCCAUUAGAGCUUGGCUUCUGAGCUAAAGAGAAAAGUUCAGGUCAUAAUGCAUUCUUGUUACCUACUUCAGCACCCUGCCAGGAGACAGAUCUAUCUGAUCAAAGAGCUGUGAGUGACAGUAUCAGUUUAAGGUUCAAUAAAAACUUCUCAUAUG